UAAACGGAUGUCGCUCCUUCCGAAGCAUGCUCGGAAGUCCCGACCUCUCCCUCACUAAUAACGCUUAUUGGGGCAUCCCGUCCAGGCGUUGGGACGCAAACGCCUGGAAGAGACAGAGCAGCUUGACGGAACAGCUCCCGGUCCUGAUGAGUCUCUUCGGCGGUGAGAUGAGUCUCCUCCGCAGCCCCCUGCAGCCCCCAAGCCCCGGCUUCAGCUUCGACCUGACGGAACGGAACGCUGUUCUGGGCCGGCUCCUGGAGGGGUCACCCCCCCCACGGCCCGUGAAGACGGGGACCACCAUAUCCGGAAUUGUGUUCAGGGAUGGUGUGGUCCUUGGAGCCGACACCAGGGCGACCUCGGGCGACGUUGUGGCUGAUAAGAUGUGUGCUAAGAUCCACCGCAUCUCUGCUAACAUGUACUGCUGCGGAGCCGGGACGGCGGCUGACACCCAGAAGACGACGGACCUCCUGGCCUCCAACCUCGCCCUGUUCAGCCUCAACAGCCAGCGGGCCCCGCGCGUCCUGAUGGCCGCCAGCAUCCUGCAGGACACGCUCUACAGGUACGGCGGUCAGAUCGGGGCCCAUCUGAUCCUGGGGGGCGUGGACUACUCGGGGGCCCACCUGUACACGGUGGGGCCGUACGGCAGUGUGAACAAGCUGCCCUUCGUCUCCAUGGGUUCCGGUUCAAUGGCGGCUCUGGGCAUCUUGGAGGACCGCUACAAACCCGACAUGGAGGUGGAGGAGGCCAAGGUGUUGGUGAGGGACUCCGUCCAGGCGGGGAUCAUGGGUGACCUUGGCUCUGGGAGCAACGUGGACCUGUGUGUCAUCACCGCCCAGGCUGUGGACUACAUCCGGCCCUACCAGGAGUCCCAGUACACCAACGGGAGAGACCGGAAGUACAAGUACCCUCCCGGCACCACAGCACUCCUGUCGGAAAAAGUAGUCCCUCUGCGGCUGGAAUUGGUGACCGAAGCGGUUCAGCGGAUGGAAACUCACUAGCAGCACAGCUGCCCAGCGUCCUCUCUGCUCACACUAGGAACUGCAUCGUAUCAAUACUCCAAAUCACCCAGUAUAUCACUGCGCUGUGUUGAUGGGAAUGUGUGUGUGUGUCCGUGUGUGUGACAUUAUACAGACAAUACUGAUUAAAACUUUGAAUAAAAUGAUUUUGGUAUGCAUCUGUGUUUUGAUCCAUUG